AUGACUUUUAAACGUUACAAAGGCGAAGACAAUGAAUUGAUUUGUAUGGCUGGGACAAAAAUUGCAAGUAAACUUAAAGAAAUCACGUCCGAACAACUCGACGCACAACGUUGUUGCAACGAUAUUGCGGCGAGAGGAAACAGUGGCAACGAUAAUCAACGGCUUAAUCACAUUAAAAAAGAGACGAACAACAAUCUUCAUUGUAACGAGAAUUAUAAUUUGUUCAUUACAAAGAGACAGCAACGCCCCCUAACACGCUCGUUGUUAAUAAUGUUGAUCAUAAUCAUAACAUUAGUGCAAAUGCCACAAAAUAGUAGAGUAACGGCAGCAGUUAUUACAAAAUACCAACAGCAGCUACUAUCAGAUGAAUCCGCGGAAAAGCUUUCCUCGUCAUCAUCAUCAUCAUCAUCAUCAGCCACAUCAUUGUUAUCAUCAUUGUCACCGACGCAACGAAGUACAAGACUACGCAAACGUCACAGUAAUUAUUUGUAUUUUCAUAAUAAUAUGCAUGAGCAUCCAACCAAUGUCGAGUGGCAAAAUCCAUGUGGCGGUAUUUUUGAACCACAAACAACAAACGCAUAUGAUGAUCAUUUCUUAAGGCCACCUGUCAGACAUUAUUUGAAACAAUUGCGACGUACUGCCGGUUUCGAAUAUCGGACUCUCAAUGAGACGCUGAAAGACAUUGACACCAGUGACAUGGCCACUUGGCGUUUGCAUCGCAGCCGUUACAAGUUUUUGCCUGCCCUGAAAUCUAAUUCAAGUGUUGCCUUGAAACGUUGGUACCGCAACAUGCAAACAUUUGUUGCCUCCUUCGCUUACUUGGGACGCAUACAAUAUAAGUGGGAUCUGGCUAAGGUGAUGCAUGCGAGCAAAACCUCCCACGAACUUAAUGAAUUGUUAAUUAGUGCUCGUCGUUUGUUAUGCGAAAUUGAGACAGCGAUAAACGGUUCAUACCCGCGAAAGAAUCAGCAAAAAUUAACGAUAACGACGCGCGAAACGAUGAAUAAACGACUUAAGUUUCAUACGCGAGAAUAUGGCGAAAUGGGCGUUGUCGUGGAGGCUGAUUUGAUUGAUUUGAAAUUUGCUAAAGACGCUUAUUAUAAAUAUUUGCUAAAUAUGUGGAAAAUAUUAAGACGGCAAACUAAACGUCGUAGUCCGUUAACUAUUGAUUCUAUAGAAUCAAAUUUAUCGUAUGUCUCGAACUCCGUCGCCAACGAAGAUGAGGAUGUCAGCUUUAAUAUAAGUCUGUUGAGUCCGCCUGGCGAGGAUGCCAGUAUUAGCGAAAGCCUUGAAGCAUUCAGUCAAGCUGACCAAAUUAAUUAACUCAACGAAAAUAUCGUGAAAAAAAAGUAUUCUCUUACAUCGGCUGAGGCGGAACCUCGACGAACCUCAUGGACUCAUGACAAACAGUAUUUUCAAGGAGGUUUUCCGAAUCGAAAGCUCUUUUUCUUUUCUUUUUUUUUUU